AUGACCCAAAAACUUGGACAAGCAGGAAGGAACCACAAGAAUCCUAAGCGAGUAUGGUGGAAAGAGGCGUCAGUCUACCAAAUAUAUCCAGCAUCAUUUUCCGACAGUAAUGGCGACGGCAUUGGGGAUAUCCCCGGCAUCGUGAAUAAGCUUGACUAUCUUAAAGAUCUCGGCGUGGAUGUCGUCUGGCUAUGCCCUGUAUACGAGUCACCCCAGGUGGACAUGGGGUAUGACAUAGCCGACUAUCGAGCCAUUCAUGCCCCAUAUGGGACCAUGGAAAAUGUUGAAGCACUGAUUGAAGGUUUGCACGACAGGGAUAUGAAAUUUGUUAUGGACUUGGUGGUGAAUCACACGUCAGAUCAACAUGUUUGGUUUCAAGAGUCCCGUUCAUCGCCUCAGAGCACCAAGAGAGACUGGUAUAUUUGGAGGAAGCCAGUCAUCGACAAAGAAGGAAAUAUGCACCCCCCGAAUAAUUGGGCUUCCAUCUUUGGAGGGAGCGCAUGGACAUUCGAUGACAUCUCAGGUGAAUACUAUCUACACCUCUUCUGCCCUGAGCAGCCGGACUUGAACUGGGAGAACCCCCACGUCGUCGAUGAAGUGCAUCAAGUCAUGAGAUAUUGGCUCAACAAGGGCGUUGACGGUUUCCGAAUGGAUGUCAUCAACUUAAUUAGUAAAGAGCCCGGUCUUCCAAAUGCCCCAAUCACCAUUCCUGAGCAGGAUUUCCAGCCAGCAGAUCUGUUCUUUGCCAACGGUCCCCGUCUCCACGAAUAUUUGCGUGGUCUCCGCGAAAUUUUAGACGAAUAUGACGCCUUUGCUGUCGGGGAAAUGCCUUUUGUAGCUGACGAACAAGAGGUCCUCCGCUCUGUAGCCUCCCACCGAAAGGAACUGAACAUGAUUUUCCAGUUUGACAUGGUGUCCAUGGAUAAUGGCAAAGCAGGAAAAUUCUCGCCUCAGGACUGGACGCUCGACACAUUACGUUCGAUAGUCAACAGGUGGCAAACAUGCAUGUAUCGCCAUGACGGAUGGAACGCCUUGUUCUUGGAAAACCACGACCAGAGCCGAUCAGUGUCAAGGUUUACGCCGCACAAGACUGCUCACAGAACAGCCGCGGCGACGAUGUUGGCUACCUUCAUCGGCAUGCAAGCGGGCACCUUGUUCAUUUAUCAGGGUCAAGAGCUGGGCAUGUCGAACCUGCCAGCUUCUUGGCCCAUGAACGAAUACAAGGACGUGGAGACACAAAAUCUCUACCAGUUAGCGCUGGCGCAAGACCUUGAAAAGAAUCAGCUGGACGCACUCUUGAACGAGAUCAGGCUCAAAGCAAGAGACCACAGCAGAUCCCCAAUUCAGUGGGACUCUGAGAGACACGGAGGCUUUACCACAGGAACACCUUGGAUGCGCGUCAAUGACGACUACACGCAUCAUAACGCGAAGCAACAACUGUCUGAUCCGGGUAGUGUGUUGGCUUAUUGGAAACGAGUGCUGCGGGCUCGCAAGAAGUUUCGUGACACUGUUAUAUACGGCGAUUUCAGGCUCCUAGAUCUCGAGCACGAUGCCGUCUUCUCUUAUCAGCGCACAGGGUGUCAAGGAGUGAUUACCGUAGUAACAAAUUUCACUGGUAAACAGCUUACAUGGGAGACACUCGAUAGAUUACCACCGUCUUGGAGAAUGCAAGAUGUUGUUCUGUCUAAUUACCCAGUUCAGGCUGCAUUACAACCCGGGAAAAUGCUGCUGCGGCCGUUUGAGGCUUUGGUCUUUUUUGAAGGAAGCUGA